AUGGCUGAAGGCGGUCCAAAGCCAAGCUCUAGCGUUAAGCUGGUUCUCUUGGGGGAAGCUGCUGUCGGAAAGUCUUCCCUAGUUCUAAGAUUCGUGAACGAUGAUUUCCAGGAGAACAGAGAACCUACUAUCGGAGCUGCUUUCUUGACACAAAAAUGUAAUCUCCCAAGUCGGACAAUCAAGUUCGAGAUAUGGGAUACCGCUGGCCAAGAACGAUUCGCCUCCCUAGCCCCCAUGUACUACCGUAAUGCUCAAUCCGCCCUCGUCGUCUACGACCUCACCAAAGCUUCCUCCCUUGCGAAGGCAAAACACUGGGUCGCUGAGUUACAGCGACAGGCAUCUCCGGGAAUAGUCAUCGCUCUCGUUGGCAACAAGCUCGAUCUAACAAGCCAGUCGACCGGAUUGGAAAACUCCAUGGGUGGACUAUCGUUAUCUGCUGCCGCCGGCGACGGGGAUGAAGAGGAGGAGGAGGAGGGAGAUGCUAGACAGAUUACAACCGCCGAGGCUAAGAGUUACGCCGACGAGGAAGGAUUGUUGUUCUUCGAAACCAGUGCGAAGACAGGACAUAACGUACAGGAAGUGUUUACUGCCAUUGCAAAUGCGAUACCAGAGAGCACGUUGAAGACAAGGGGUGGACCGGGUUCUAACCGAGCCGGUAAUGGUACAGGCGGGGACACAUUUGGAUCUGGAGGUGUGAAUCUAUCAGCUGUUGGGGAAACAAACAAGGACGGUUGUGCUUGUUAG